AUGUACAGAUGUGUACAAGUGUCUCACCCUGGUGAUUACCGCCAAUGCAUUCUGUGGCGAGAGAACGACACGGAUGAAAUAAAAACAUAUAAAUUGAACACAGUCACCUAUGACACAAAGCCCGCUGCGUUCCUGGCUAUCCGUGCAAUGCAUCAACUUGCAAUCGAUGAAGAAGAGAAUUUUCCACUGGUUUCAAAAGUGGUUCCGCGUGACUUCUACGUAGAUGACAUGCUUUCCGGUGGCAAUUCCACAGCAGAGGUCGAAGAGAUAAGGCAUCAAGUGGCAGCUUUGCUUAAAAAGGGGGAAUUCUUGUUUCGCAAAUGGUGCUCCAACGAUCCACAUGCUCUACGAGAUGUUCCUACAGAAGACUGCAAAACUUUUGGGCUUACUUGGGAUCCCCAGAGUGACAAUUUCAUAUUUUCGUUUACCCCCAUUGAUGACUGCAAGGUGGUGACAAAGCAGUCCAUAUUGUCUUCGAUUGCCAGUCUUUACGAUCCGUUAGGUUUGAUUGGUCCAGUCAUUACAAAGGCAAAAAUGUUUAUGGAGCAUCUGUGGAAACUCAAUCUUCAAUGGGAUGAAAGCUUGCUUCAAUCGUUGUAUUCAUCAUGGAUUAAGUACAUUUCGAAAUUCGAUCUGACGCAUCGUUUCACAUUUCCACGGCAUAUUUCAAUGACUUCGUCAGUAUUGCAGAUUCAUGGUUUCUGCGAUGCCAGCUUGGCUUCCUACGGCGCAUGUGUCUAUGUGAGGUCCCAACUCAACAAUGUCAUUAAAUGUGAAUUGGUAUGCUCUAAGUCGACAGUUGUCCUAUUGAAGACGCUCCGCUCUGUACCAAAGCUCGAACUUUCAGCUGCAUUCCUUCUAGCUGAGUUGAUUGAUACCGUUGUGAAAUAUCUGGCGUUUCACUCUGAAUUUGUGACCAAAGAAAUAUAUUUUGAAUUUAUUGAAAAUAAAAGAGAAUCUUCAUUGAAACCACCACUGCUCUUCAAUAUUCUAACGGUCUGCUCAAAUGAUUGGCACAACUAG